GUUUCCGAUAAUGGCGACAAAUCUGUUGAAGAGAAGUCACAACUGUCCGCAGGCAUCCUCAACGCCUUGCGCCAGCUUCAAGAGUCUUCUUCAGUGCCAGUUGCUUCCACCUCCACGUCGACCCCUACUCCGACAGCAACCCAACCCAAUACUCAAGAGCCGCCACGACUACCAAGUGUCUCCAUGGCAGAGCCAACGCCUCCACCACAGUCUGAGUGGGACCAGCUGCGUGCGCAACUGCGUGAAAAACCCGUCGAUGCUGACGGUUGGCUGAGACUCGUUGACCUCGCGGAGGAGUCGGGCGACAUUGAGAAGAUCAAGGCAACGUACGAAGGCAUGCUGGAAACAUACCCAAAUACUCCGUCCGUCCAAGUCGCCUACCUCCGACAUUUCUUAGACGAUCCGUCACAAUUUGGCUACGCUGAGGAGCUUUUCAAGAAGUUCUUGAAGAGAGCAUCGCCUUCGGUAGAUCUUCUCAAGGUUUACCUCACGUACAUCAGGCGGAUAACUACUGGCCCCAACGCACGUGAGGUCAUCCGGAAGUGCUACGACUUUGCACUCGGUCAUACGGGCCAAGACAAAGAUAGCUAUGAGAUCUGGCAGGACUACAUCAACUUCCUCAAGGCCAGCGAGACGAAUACCACCUGGGAAGAUCAGCAAAAAAUGGACGCUGUCCGAAAAGCUUACCAGCAGGCAGUUCAGAUUCCGAUGGAGAACGUCAAGAGGCUGUGGGAAGACUACCAAGACUUCGAGAACAAUCUCAACAAGAUCACCGCCAAAAAGUUCAUCUCAGACCUGCAAGAAAGCCACAUGCAAGCUCGCACGGUCCUCAACCAGCUGCAAGAGCACCUCACCGUCCUGUACCCGCCCACUCCCCCUAGUAAGGACAAGCGUCCGUCGAUCUGGCUGCCCCGGCCUCCGACGUACAACCAGGGCGACAAAGCUCUUGUCGCGCGCUGGCGCCUGUACUUGAAGUGGGAGGAGAGUAAUCCUCUAGAGAUCGAGGAGAGCAAUCGGAACACGCUUGUCCAGCGGGUGCAAAGUGUCUACAAGAAGGCAACCGUGCGCAUGCGGUUCUACUCUGAGAUCUGGUACAUGGCAUAUGUGUGGACGAACAGCGUCGGUAAGACAGACGAAGCGCUGACACUUCUUAAGGCCGGUAUCGAAGCGAACUCGGCAAGCUUCGUCUUGAACUUCGCAUACGCGGAAGCACUAGAGCUGCAAGGUAAAUUUGCAGAAGUGCAUGCGACGUUCGAAAAGUUCCUCGAGACGCUCCGCAAAGACCUUGAGCAGCUCGAGAGCCGCGUGAACGCCUCCACCAACUCGCCCAACGGCUCCCAGCAACGGCAAAGUCAGACCCCGACCGGGAACAAUGGCGCAGACGCACUGGCAUCUCAGCAGUCGUCGUUCAGCACGCAGUCGUCGGACGAGAAACCUCCAAAGAAUAAGGACUUGUCUGAUAAGCGCACGGAUUAUGGCAUCGCGUGGAUUGUAUACAUUCGAUUCGCAAGGCGCGCUGAGGGCCUUAGGUCUGCUCGGAAUGUCUUUGGUAAGGCGCGAAGAGAUCGCUGGACGCCGUGGGAGGUCCAUGAAGCUGAAGCGCUCAUGGAAUAUCACUGCGGCAACAAAGAUAUACCUCUAGCGAGCAGAAUCUUUGAGAAGGCCAUGGAGUUGUACGGUGACGAGGUAGAAUUCGUGCUGCGCUACCUCGGCUUCCUCAUCUCCGUUAACGACGAGAAUAAUGCAAGAGCCUUGUUUGAACGUGUAAUCGGGACGUUCUCUGCGGACAAGGCGCGGCCAUUGUGGGAGCGCUGGGCCAGGUAUGAGUAUCAAUAUGGUGAUUUAGCGGCUGCACAAAAGCUCGAGAAGCGUAUGGCCGAGGUUUACCCGAACGACCCACCCAUUAAGCGCUUCGCGGAGCGCCACAAGUACGGAAACGUUGACUCGAUCGCCACUCGCGACCUUGGCUUCGUCCUAAGCCGCGGAAGCAGCGGUGGCACACGCACCAACGGUAGCAGCAGCGGCCUCCUUGGUCGUACUGACACCCUCCAGUCUAUCGUGUCGGAGACUGCUGCCAAGUCCGCGUCGACACCUACUCCACACGGUUCGUCGACGUCUUCGACGAAGCGCGCAUCGUCUCCUGACCACCGCCGCCGCGACGAGAGUCGCGACUACCCGUCGAAGCGUGCUCGGGCGGGGAGUCCGGGUCCUGUACGAGGACGCGACCGGGAUAGGUGGGACGGUCCGCCGCAUAGGCGCCACGGCUCGCCGAUGUGGGAUCGUGAGCGGGAGAGAGAUGUGCCGCCACCGAGACGGUUUAAAGAGGAGAGGGAGGAAGACAAGGGAGUGCAGCUGCCAAGCGUGCUGAGUUGGUUCAUUGGCACUCUGCCGACUCCGAACAGUUUCGAUGGUCCUGUCUUCCGCACCGACGAUCUCAUGCAAGUGUUCAGGAACGCAGUGAUUCCGGCAAGCUCGACCGUGAAGCCCCGUUCUCCUGUGCCUGCGCCCCGCGGCGGUGGUAGUGGCGGCAGCGGCGGGAGACCACCACCGGAUUACGGACCUUACCAAGGACCGGGUAGCAGUGGACGUCGCGGACGAUGGUAACUUCCUCGUACUUAGUGUAGACCCCGUCGCCGUUAAUGCUACGCUUGUCAUGCUCCCAAACUCAUUGUCUGCUUGGUAUCAUUUUGUCGAUAAUACUUUCGUUUGGCUCAGCAUCCGGCCGGUUCCUGAACGUCGGACAUUCAAAGUUGCUGUAGGGUGCUUCAUUGCUCCACUCGGCCUCGGUCGGCAUUCUACGCGAUGUUGUAAUCUCAGGUUUACGAGCAAAGAAGCCUAUCAUGAAUAGCACGUGCACAUAUAUGUAUCGUGGUAUCACCGUAUCCAC